AUGAGUGAAGAACACAGAAGUGUUGCAUGUGUCUUGUGUAGGUAUCAACAUACACGUCACGAUGGAAGAUGUGAACUUGGUCAGUAUUUUCCCAUUAAUAGGUCAGUGGACUUUGAGAAAGCUUGCAGGCUUUUUGGGUUGGCCAACUUGCUUAGAUUGAUGCGUUCUGCUGAACCAUCUGAAAGACAAGUUAUGGCUGAUUCCAUUUUGACAGAGGCUAUCAUGUGGGAUAAUGAUCCCAUUCAUGGUGCCUUAGGUCAUGCCUUUACUUUGAACGCUCAAAUCCAAUCUGUUGAAAGGGAACUAGAACUUGUAAACACCAUUCUUGCUCAAUGCUCAAAUCAAGCAACUGGGCAUGGAAACCAUGGAUCAAAACGAAAUAAUGAAACUGGUGCAUCAACCUCUCAAAUUUCAAACACUGGUCUUGAUGUUGCUGCUACUUCUUCUGAACCAGUUCAGUCAAGAUCUGAUGAGAAAGAGGGUGCUGCACAUGAUGAGGUUCAAGAGAAAGAAUGA